UUCUCCUGCCCUUGCAUGGCUACGCUUCCCUGACGGUCAUGGGCCAUGGCGGUGCUGGCUGCCAGUGGCCGAUGGCACCUGGGUGGUCACCAGGUCAGGGGCGCCGCACCCGCGUUUCGACGCGAGAAAGGCCGAAUAACUCUCAUGGCCAGCCGCUGGAAGGCAAGCAGGCAGCACAAGGUUGCACUGGUGCUGGGGUUCCUGGGCACCAAGUACUGUGGAUCCCAGAUCCACUACGAUGAGGAGGAGACCCGGAACUUCACCAUUGAGUGGCACCUCCGAAAAGCCCUACGCGAAGUGGGCGCGCUACAGCCUGAGAUCUCCCGCUUGGAGAGGGAGGUCGAAUGGAGGCAUUCGAGUCGCACCGACUCUGGCGUCCAUGCUUGCCGGCUGGUGAUCUGCGCUCGGCUGGCAGUCGGCGAGCCAAAUGCGGAAGGAUGCUACGAGGCGCUGCUGUCUCAACUGAAUGUGGCCUGGCCAGAGGAGGCGCUGCCUCCAGACAUCCGGGUGCUCGGGGCGCGCAAGGUGCCCAAGAGCUUCGACGCCCGGUUCUCCUGCUCCUGGCGCGAGUAUGGCUACCUCCUGCCUGCCAAGUUGUUCCAGAGCAGCGCGGCUGACGUGGCUGGCCGUAUCCAGCAGCUGCUGAAGCCAUUUGUCGGCUGGCACUGUUUCCACAACUUUGCUCGCAUCCGGGGCAGACGCAAAGGAGGAGAUCUGUUAGAGCAGACAGUGGCAAAGCUCGAGAUGUGCUCAGCAGACGUGGUUGAGCUGGAGGGGAGUGACUGCGUCGAGAUCAGCCUGCAGGGCAACCGGUUCCUCUACAACCAGAUUCGGUACAUCGCUGGUGCACUGGCAGCGGUUGCUAUGGGCGAGCUGCCCGAGAAGUCCCUGACCGCGGCGCUGCGCAGUACCGCGAGGUUUCGCUUCCCACUGGCGCCUCCUGGGGGGCUGGCGCUGCGCAGCGCUGGCUUUACGGGCACGCGGCAGAAGCCUUGCGAGGUGGCCAUGGACCUGGAGCAAGUGUACAGCCGCAUGCUUCCCACGACCACCCUGGCCCUGCUGGAUGCCGGGGGCAGCAUCCGUGCAGCCGCCUUCGAGAGGGCGGUGAAGCAGGAGGCAGCGAGAAGCUGGAAGGCUGCGGAGGCGGAGUUCCGGGAGAACUUGCGCUUUGCUCGCCUGCCGCAGGAGGACCUGGACGACCUGUGCGCCACCCCUCGCCACCUGCAGCCGCGAGCCGUGCUCGCGCGCCAGCGCCGGAAAGCGAAAGCGUUGGUCUGGCGAGAGCGGGCACCCAGCCCCACGCCAGAAGUCCCGGAAGUCCCGGAAGUCCCGGCAGCGGCGCCGGAAGUGGAGGCGAUGCCAGAGCAUCUCUGGAUUGUCUUCUCGGAAGCCCCGGAGCUGGAGGCACGGUGGGUGUAUGGCAGGCAUCAGAUUUCUGCCUGGGUUCUUCGCAUCUUCCGAAUGUCCAGAGGUCAGAUCUCCAGCAAUGGCUAUGCCGUCACUGUGCCAGUGGCAGACUGCUGCCUCCUGGGAAGGACGGCUCCGAGAAACUCCAAGCAGCUUCCGCUGGAGACGCUGGGCUGUAAGCCAGCCUUCCGCCCUCCGGGCCUCGACCUCGCGCCGGAUGGUCAACUGGGUGGCGCUGAGAACCAGAGCAUGGUGCUCCAGUUCUGCGGAUUGCCCGGCGUGUACGCGCCUGUAGUGGUGCCGGUCCCCGAGAAGCCAACGCCUGUGGAGAUGCAGCCGGCUUCUGGAGAGCUUGCCAUUGCCAAGCUGGCUCGGAACCAGGAGGGGGCGGAGUACCUGUCUCAGCUUCUGGCUUCCAGCCCCAUGGCAAUGCCGCUGGCGGUCACCGCUUUGCUCCCAGAGCUCCCGUAUUUGGCCAGCCACCCCCAUGGCGCAGUGGUGGUCAGCGACCUCUUCACCGCUGCACGCCUGACCAAGGAUACACGCCGUGUCGCCAUGAUGUCCCAGAGGCUCCAAGGGUCCCUGCUGAGGCUCACCAAGGACCGCUUCGGCUGCCGCGUCAUGCAAGCGGCACUGCAAGAGGCAUCCCCUGAGUUUCUGCAGGCCUUUGCAUCCGAGCUCAAGGGCAAGGCUGUUGCCCUCAGCCAGCACCUCCACGCAAACUUUGUCUUGCAGAAGUACGUGGAGCUUCUGCCUGCAAGUGCUGGCGCCUUCAUUCUCCAGGAGCUGACCCCCUCUGCGGGCGAGGUGGCUGUGCACGUCUACGGCUGCCGAGUUUUGCAGCGGCUCAUCGAGCACUGCUCCAACCAGCCCCAGCUGGCUGUGCUGAUCGGGUCUUUGCUGAGCAAAGUGGGCCAGAUCGAGAAGCUCCUUAAGGAUCCGUUUGGAAGCAACGUUCUCCGUGCGAUUGUGGCCCACGGGACAGAUUGUCAGAUUAGCGUGAUUAUGGAUGCGAUCGCCACCAACGUGCUCAAGUUCUCCAAGCACAAGCACGCGAGCCUGGUCUUCGAACGAUGUCUCGAGACCAGCAGCGAGCGCCCGGCCUUGCGUGCGGAGCGGGCCACCUUGGUCGCCUUGCUGCUGGGUGACGGCACCAGCCGGUCGCCGCUGGCGCAGGUUUUGUUGGACCGCUUCGGCAACUACUUGGCCCAGCGCAUGAUCCAUUGCUGCCGUGGCCCAGAAGAAGAAAGGAUCCGCCAGCUCCUCUCGAUCUGCCUCCCAAAGCUCCAGCGGUCCCCCAUGGGGCGCCACAUUAUGGCAGCUUCGGCAAAGCGUUUCGGAAGCCUUGCCGGAGCGUAG